CGGGUAUUUAAAUUGGACUGCCGAGUAGUAGAACUCUGUAGUAGCCGAAGACUUUCUAGCUAACUCUGACUAAUUUCAAAUAUGUCAAUUCAAAUUCGCAUUUGUUCUAGGAAGUACCAACAUGCAGAAUUUGAACAUAUUGUGGGUCCUAUGCAUCACAAUAGCUUCACAACAUAGCUUUGUUGAUACUGCUCCCGUUCUUCAAGAGAUUCGGGCAUACUUCACAAAGAUGCUCAAAUUCUGAGAUAUGUAUAUGCGGACGUCCCAAACAUGAUACAACAACUUGCGACACACCUAUGC